GGGGUUUGGGGGCUACACCCACGCGUGUCGGUGCGAAGGGCGUCUUUAGCCGCGCCCCGGCCGCCGCAGCUGAGAAGCUGGAGACCCGGCCGGCGCCCUUUCCCUGUUUGAGUUGCCCGGAGGUGGCAGGGUAGGAGGGGGCGGACGGUGGCGGUCUGAGCCGGCGCGGCCCGGCCCUUCCGGGGCUGCGCUGCUCCCCCGCCUCGGAGCCGGCAAAAAUGUGCCUAGUCACGGGGCCGCUCUUGGGGGAACUGAGGUCUCCUCCUCUGCCCCCUGCCCCAUGACCCCUCUGGGCCGUCUAAGGGUGCUCCUUUGCGAGGUAAUCCGUCCAUCCAGCGGAUGGCUCGUAGGCAGCUGAGCAAGAACGCCCAGCCCCCAGGGUGGGGGCGGGAGGAGGUCGCGAAGUGCCGCGCCCUCUUGCUGCCCCGACGUAAAGCGACUGAACCUAGCCCGCCCGUCCCCUCGCGCCAAGGACAUGGAUUUGAUUGACAUACUUUGGAGGCAAGAUAUAGACCUUGGAGUAAGUAGAGAGGUAUUUGACUUCAGUCAACGACGGAAGGAGCAUGAGCUGGAAAAACAGAGAAAACUUGAGAAGGAAAGACAAGAACAACUCCAAAAGGAGCAAGAGAAAGCCUUUUUCGCUCAGUUACAACUAGAUGAAGAGACAGGCGAAUUCCUCCCAAUUCAGCCAGCACAACACAUCCCGACAGAAACCAGUGGAUCUGCCGACUAUUCCCAGGUAGCCCACAUUCCCAAACCAGAUGCUUUGUAUUUUGUUGACUGCAUGCAGCUUUUGGCAGAGACAUUCCCAUUUGUAGAUGACAAUGAGGUUUCUUCGGCUACGUUUCAAUCACUUGUUCCUGAUAUUCCCAGUCACGUCGAAAGCCCAGUCUUCAUUGCUCCUAACCAGGCUCAGUCCCCUGAAACUCUUGUCAGUCAGUUAGCCACUACUGAGGUAGACGACAUGCAACAGGAUAUUGAGCAAGUUUGGGAGGAGCUAUUAUCCAUUCCAGAAUUACAGUGUCUUAAUAUUCAAAAUGACAACCUUGCUGAGACUAGCACGGUUCCAAGUCCAGAAACCAAACCGACAGAAAUUGACAACAACUAUCAUUUCUAUUCACCAAAUCCCUCACUGGAAAAAGAAGUAGGUAACUGCAGUCCACAUUUUCUCAGCGCUUUCGAGGAUUCCUUCAGCAGCAUCCUCUCCACAGAAGACUCAAGCCAGAUGACAGUGAACUCAUUAAAUUCAUACGCAACAGGAAACACAGAUUUUGGUGAUGAAUUUUAUUCUGCUUUCAUAGCAGAGCCCAGUACCAGCAACAGCAUGCCCUCCUCUGCUACUUUAAGCCAGUCACUGUCUGAACUUCUGUAUGGGCCCAUUGAUCUCUCUGAUCUAUCUCUUUGUAAAGCCUUCAACCAAGACCACCGUGAAAGCACAACAGCAGAAUUCAAUGAUUCUGACUCUGGCAUUUCACUAAACCCAAGUCCCAGCAUGGCAUCACCGGAACACUCAGUGGAAUCUUCUAUCUAUGGAGACACACUGCUUGGCUUCAGUGAUUCUGAAAUGGAAGAGUUAGAUAGUGCCCCUGGAAGUGUUAAACAAAAUAGUCCUAAAACACAGCCUGUACAACCUUCUGGGGAUACAGUCCAACCCCUGUCACCACCUCAGGGUAAUAGUGCUCCAGUGUGUGAUGCCCAGUCUGAAAACACACCAAAGAAAGAAGUGCCUAUAAGUCCCGGUCAUCGAAAAACCCCAUUCACAAAAGACAAACAUUCAAGCCGCUUGGAGGCUCAUCUCACAAGAGAUGAGCUAAGGGCAAAAGCUCUACAUAUCCCAUUCCCUGUAGAAAAAAUUAUUAACCUCCCAGUUGAUGACUUCAAUGAAAUGAUGUCCAAGGAGCAAUUCAAUGAGGCUCAGCUUGCAUUAAUUCGAGAUAUACGUAGGAGGGGCAAGAAUAAAGUGGCUGCUCAAAAUUGCAGAAAAAGAAAACUGGAAAACAUAGUGGAACUGGAGCAAGAUUUAGAUCAUUUAAAAGAUGAAAAAGAAAAAUUGCUCAAAGAAAAAGGAGAAAACGACAAAAGUCUCCAUCUACUGAAAAAACAACUCAGCACCUUGUACCUUGAAGUUUUCAGUAUGUUACGUGAUGAAGAUGGAAAGCCUUACUCUCCAAGUGAAUACUCCCUGCAGCAAACAAGAGAUGGCAAUGUAUUCCUUGUUCCCAAAAGUAAGAAGCCAGAUGUGAAGAAAAACUAGAUUUGGGCAUAUCUGACCUUUUCUGAGCUAGUGGAUUUUUUUUUUUUUUAAUACUAAAAGCUCUUACUGUGAUGUGAAAUGCAGAAAUAUACUUUAUAAGUAAUUCUAUGCAAAAUUAUAGUCAAAACUAGUGUAGAAAAUAUAAAACUUUGAAAAGCAUUAAAAUAAGUUAUCAGUAUGCUGAAUCAGUAGUUUCACUUUAAUUACAAACUUAAUUUCUUAGAACACCAUUUGGGCUAGUUUCUGUAUACGUGUAAAUACUACAAAAUCUUAUUUAUACUAUUCUUGUCUCAUUUGUUACGUUCAGAUUUAUAUGAUACAACAUCUGGCUAAAAGCAAAUUGUUGCAAAACUAACCACUAUGUACUUUUUUAUAAAUACCAUAUGAACAAAAAUGGCAUUUUUUACAUUAAAUUGUUUAGCUCUGGCAAAAAACAAUUUAGUUGAAAAGUUGGUACUAAUAAAGAAUAUGACUCAAAUUA